AUGAAGCUCGCCAGCGCAACACAAGUCAUCUUUCCAGGCGUACUCUUCGCGUUUGUGAGCGAUGCCACUCAUCUUCCCCGAGCAGUCAUCGGGAAAUGUCCAAGCGGAGAACGUUCGACCUUCCUUAUCAACAACCGGAUCUAUAAUAUCUGUCCUGGCACAGAUUACUGGUCGCCAAACGUUAAAAUUGUUCCAGACACAGCCAAUGUUGACGCCUGUGUCAUUCGCUGCUCCGAAACCGAAGGAUGCGCAAAGGCAUCAUACAACUCGAAGUUAAAAACGUGUUACUUAAAGGGAGAUCCAGAAGCUCCAAUCUGGUUUGAAACGCCUGACCUGGAUACGAUCCGUGUCGGCAACGUGCCGCAGUGCCCAACGGAUGAGAGGUUCAUCAAUGUCAACGACGGCAAAUUUACCAUUUGUCCGGGUACAGACUACUGGUCACCCAACGUUCAAAUCAUUCCUGACAUUGUCAAUGUCGAUGCUUGCGUCACUCAAUGUGCACAAGACACAUCGACAUGCGAGAAGGCCUCGUACAACUCUAAACUUAGAACAUGCUACCUCAAGGGCAAGCCCGCUAGUCCAGUGUGUAAUCACCCAGGUCAAUGGGGCAAAGUCUUUCCACUUCCCGUGAUCCCGGUAGCUGGCUAUGUGGUACCUGAGUGGCCAGAGUCUAAUAGGCUGCUUUUCUGGUCAGCUUGGGCUACGAAUAAGUUCAGUUUGUGGAGUCCGCCCAACGGCUACACUCAAUUUGCCGAUUACAACUACAAGACUGGAGCUUUAUCUCAGCGCACUGUGUCCAAUACUCGUCAUGAUAUGUUUUGUCCUAGCAUCAGCGCGUUGGCAGACGGAAGGAUUGUUAUCACAGGCGGAACAAAUGCAGAAGUAACUUCGAUUUACGAGCCGUCAACAAACCAGUUUGUUCGGGGACCUGACAUGAAAAUACCAAGAGGAUACCAGACCUCGGCUACACUAUCAGAUGGCAGGGUCUUUACGAUCGGCGGUUCUUUCAGCGGCGCGCGGGGUGGCAAGAAUGGUGAGGUCUACGACCCGCGCACAAACACCUGGACCGUGCUUCCUAAUGCCAGGGUAGAGCCUCUCCUGACCAGCUACGAUUGGGAAGGCGAUUGGAGGACCGACAAUCACGCCUGGCUCUUUUCCUGGAGCAAUGGCAGCGUUUUCCAUGCGGGUCCUAGCAAGGGUAUGCACUGGUACGGUACGACAGGCUCAGGUUCCGUUCAAGAUGCUGGAAUUCGCGAUCCUGAAGCUGACGCAAUGUGCGGUGUUCACGUUAUGUUCGAUAUAGGCAGGAUUUUUUCUGCCGGAGGAAGCCAGAGCUAUACUGCAAGUCCUGCAACCUCUCGUGCCCAUUUGAUUACGAUCACAGAAGCAUUCAAAGCGGCCACCGUCGAACGACUGCCGCGAAUGAAUGACCCACGAGGUUUUGCGAACGUUGUAGUACUGCCAAAUGGACAAGUCCUUGUGCUUGGUGGCCAACGUGUGUCGCGUGUCUUUCAAGACGACGAGUCUGUCCUGACACCUGAGCUGUUCGAUCCCGCUACAAAGACAUUUCGACGCCUCGCGCCAGCCGCAGAACCUCGCAAUUAUCACUCUAUUGCUAUUCUUCUUAGUGACGGUCGUGUUUUCACUGGAGGUGGCGGUAUGUGCGGUAAUCUUGCACCUGGCCAAAGUGAGCAAUACUGCAACCGUGCCAUCGAUCACCAGAAUGGACAGAUCUUUACUCCUCCAUACCUUCUCAACCAAGACGGCUCAUUAGCUACCAGACCCAUCAUAUUUGCUGUCGAGAGCAAAGGAUAUGCGGACGGACGCAUUGUCAAAGUGGGUGGGACGAUCAUAGUUUACAUGAACUAUCCGAACGACCAUACAUUCUCACUUGUGCGUAUGGGCUCUGUCACGCAUUCGGUCAAUAGCGAUCAGCGACGUGUACCAAUGAAUAAUGUCCAGAGGAAUGCUGCAACAUUCACGAUGAAGCUUCCCAACGACUCCGGCGUACUGAUUCCUGGGUUCUACUAUUUAUUUGCAAUGGAUGCAAGAGGUGUUCCAUCGAUCGCAAAGACGCUCCAAGUUGUGUUAUGA